CCCCCUGCACGCGGCCCCCUUGGCGAUGGAGGGCGGGUCUGCUCUGGGUCCGGACCUCUUCAUCGAGGAGAUGAUGCUCCUGCUGUCGCAGUCGCUCGCCCGCAUGGAGGUCAGCGAGCACUACGAGGUGAUCAAGGAGCUGGGCUGCGGCAGCUUUGGCAAGGUGCAGCUUGGCAAACACCGCUUCCGAGGUACGCUGAUGGCCCUGAAGCUCAUGGACAAACACAAAACCAAGAUCAGGUGUUUCCUGAGGGAAUACAGCGUCUCGCUCUACCUCUCCACCCACCCCUUCAUCACCACCGCCUUCGGGAUUGCCUUCGAGUCCAACGACCACUAUGUCUUUGUGCAGGAGUACGCUCCUGUCGGUGACCUCUUUGACCUCAUUCAGCCUCAGGUUGGCAUCCCGGAACCCGCUGCCAAGCGCUGCGCCCUCCAGGUGGCCUUGGCCCUGGAGCACCUCCACGGGCAGGGGCUGGUGCACCGGGACGUCAAGCCCGAGAACAUCCUGCUCUUCGACCGGGAGUGCCGCUGCGUCAAGCUGGCCGACUUCGGCCUGGUGAGGAGGACCGGCCUCAACGUCUGGCACACACCCAGCUCAGUGCCCUACAUGGCGCCCGAGUUAUGCGACGAGGCGGCUCAGCGGCUGGGGGCGAGGGUGCGCUGCAGCGAGGAUGUCUGGGCCUACGGGGUGCUGCUCUACAGCCUCCUGACCGGCAACUUCCCCUGGGAGCGCAGCUCGGCCGACGACGGCCUCUACCGCUCCUUCGCCCGGUGGCAGGGGCUGGUGGAGGAGAAGGCCAAGGACCGGUCGCCGGUCGGGGACGUGGUGCGGUACCUCAAGCUCCGCUGGGUGGUCGGCCCGGACUCGAAGCCCCCGGCCCUGAAGGAGGCGGCAGACGUGCCGAACCAGGAGGUCCCGGCGGGGGCCAAGUCAGAUACAAAACAAGCCCCCCGCAUCCUCAGGGAAUCCUCCUCCUCCUCCCUCUUACACAAGCUGGCUUGA